AUGGGUGAUGGGGAUCUUGAUGAUAGUGCAAAUGACAGCUACUUGGAGAUUAACAGCACACUAUUCUUUGAACCAGGCAAUUUUGCUGCUUUAGGAGCCUUCUACACUGUCUUGCGGAUGAUCAUUGCGCUGAUGUACUCCAUCGUGUGUGCUGUGGGCCUCUUGGGAAACCUCCUGGUCUUGUACCUCACCCGAGGGCUCAAAGGGCGGAACGAGUCCACCAUCAACUUCUUCGUCUUCAACCUGGCCCUGGCCGACUUCCACUUUGUCCUGGUGUUGCCCUUCUGGGCGGCCGAGAUCAUCCUGGACCACAUCUGGCCCUUUGGUGAUGCCAUAUGCAAGCUGGUCCUCUUUGUCACUGUGCUCAACAUGUACGCUAGUGUUUUCUUCCUGACCGCCAUGAGUGUCAGCCGGUACUGCACAAUGGUCCAAACUCUCAGGCCGGGCAGGACCCCCAUCAGAUCCUGCGUAGUGAAAUGGGUCAGCCUGGUGAUCUGGCUCAUAGCUAUUGCAGCCAGUUUAGCUCCAACCAUAUACUCCCAGACUGUCAAUAUUCAUGGGAAGCAGUUGUGCAUCCUGAAGUUCCCAGAUGGACAAUAUUUUCUGGCACUCCAGCACAUUCAGAAGGUCGUGUUGGCUUUCAUAAUCCCCCUGGUAGUCAUAUCCACCUGCUAUUUAUUACUUAUAAACUUCCUACGACAUCAUAAGAUAAGUAGCAGCAAUCCAAAGAGACAAUCCAAGGUCACCAAAUCCAUCAUAAUACUGGUACUGUCCUUCUUUAUUAGCUGGCUACCCAACCAUAUCAUAACCUGUUGGGGAGUGUUGGUUAAACUGGAAUUGGUCCAUUGGAGCAGUGCUUACUAUAUUGCUCACACUUACAUCCACCCAUUCACCAUCUGCCUGGCCAACGCCAACAGUUGCCUCAACCCCGUCAUCUACUGCCUGAUGAGGAGGGAGUUCAGGGAGUCCUUGAAGAGUCUCUUCUGGAGCAUCUCUGUCAGUUACCCUUGGACGUACCUCAAUACUGCCCGCCACAGGGAGCAAUGUGAGGACAGUCAAGUUGUUGUAGCCUUGAACCAAGUGCACAGUCAGCCAGAAUCCAACGGACAUGGCCCAAGAUGCAGCACACUGCCUGCCACUACCUCCAGCCUUGUUCAACGAAACUGA